CAAGUUUGGCUCAAGCAGCCAGGGCAGCACCGCACGGGGUGCCUGGCUUCCGUCUGUGCACCUCGCCCCGUGACGGGCCAUGGUUCGACUCGAUGCCAGGAAACCCGUCAAACAGCACCCGCCGCAGCCUCCCCCGGCACCGAGGAGGGCGACGGGCGCCUCCGGAGAGAAGCGAGGCGGUAUGUGUCCGAGGAUCUGGUUGUGGUCUCUGAUGCUUCCUCUCUGCGUGCUCCUGCUCGUUCUCCCUGGGUUCGCGGGCUCCCACUUCGAGAAGCGUGGCCUGAUAGUGCUCGAGAGCGGCGAAGCUGCUUCGGCGGUGCCCCACCUGCGUCGCGCUCAGUGGAUCGCGGCGUCGUGGCACACAUGGACAGCGUCGCUUGGCCCCUCGAUUUCCGCAGCCGCUUUUGCAGGAUGGACUGGCGUUGCUCCAGACACAGUGUAUGCCCUCGGCCGUGCAUUGUUGCAAGUAGGUGGCGGCGCAGCAUCUGCGGAGACAUUGGCCGAUGCCGCUGGCUACUUCAAGCUCGCGAUCCUGGGCAACGGGAACUUCUGGCCAGCACAUGCGAAUCUUGCGGCAGUGCAGCAAAAGCUCGGUGAACCUGUUGCAGCACUCGAGUCCUUAAGGAAAGCAAUUGACAUAUCGAAGACAUCUGAAAGCGGAUGGUGCACCUGCCCCAGCUGAUCCAGAUCAAGUCCUUGCAUCAUUGUUUUUCCAGCAAGGGACGGUCUUGGAGGGGCUUCCCGCGAACGGUUGCGAUGGCGGUUCGUGUCUCACGUACGCGUUGGAAGCUUACCGGCAUGCUCAAGAGCAUGCGCCGUCCCAUGAUCAUGCGCAGAAAGCUGCGGACCGCUUAGCACUGAAACUUGCCCAUACCAAAGCAGAUGAUGCAGCCGCAUAGGGGUACCAAGCCGACGGAACGAACACGAAAAUUUCAGCACAUUCGUGAUGGUCAUUUGGCCUCCGAUAUCAGACUAUCACUGAUACUCUUGCCCAAGGCCAGGUCUGCGCCGCUCGCCCUGACAUGUGUCUCCACGUUUGAGAGGCUCGGCUGCACUUCUCUUGGCGCAGAUCCAAGAAAUCCGCGCGGAGCGCCACAAGUUUAUGUUUCGCGAGUCCACGAAGUCGAUGCCAGGCGCAUCGGUGGCGCCUCCGCGCAGCAACGCGGCACUCGCGCGCUGUCCGCGGAGUCGGGCCACGCGUGCGCGGGCGAGCCCGUCCUGUCAGCCAGCCGGUUGGGGCACAUACAUCGGCCCAGGCCCACGACAUGGUUUAUGUUUACAACGUUUUUCCUUCUCCCAGGUCGGGGGUCGCGGGUGCGCGCACGUCUGCGGCCUCGCGCGAGCAGCCGCGCCAGGUCGCCGAGCGAAGUGACACCCCCCCCCAGAAAUCGUGGGGGGUAGGGGUAGGGUUCGCACGUGGCCCCCCUGCCUGGCACCCGUCGAGCUGCGCGCCGCUGGGCGUCCUCGGCUUCGGCGCCGCCCGCAGGGGGAGAGGGCGGGGAGCGCGGUGGCCCGGGCCCCCCUCCGUGGCCCCAGACCAGGCCCUACGGCGCGCUCCCCCGAGAACGCCCGCCACGUCAUCUCGGAUUUGCGGCUGCGCGUCAGUCAAGCAGUGGCGAAGCGUCCUGCCUCGCCUAUAGCCCUACCAAACAAUGUUCUAAGAACCUGUUGUG